AUGAAGCCAUCUUGCGAAUACCUCGUCUUCCUUGCGCUACUGGUAGGAUCCAAGGCACUUGAUCUUGAGCUUAGAAAAGUUGUAUGUGACGAGACGCUUCCCGCAUACAUUGCGACAGGGGAUAUCAACUGGAGAUGCAAUGGAGGAUCCACAAGCUGCUCCAUGGGAGAGCACGUUUAUAUUACAGGAGGACUUACCUACAACCAACUUGGGGCGUACUUGCAAAACAACAGCACAGCAUAUGCUUCUGCCAAGUUGCAAAUGUUGACACUGGAGUAUGAACUCUUUCAACUUCUACCAUUCAAUUUUUGUGGGGAUUUUGUGACGAGUAGUGCUGCUAAUGGAAAUAUGACCAACUACACCGCUUGCCCAGACGACGGCCGAUACACCUUUAAUCUUGACUACACCCUUCCAGAAAACCAGGACAGUACAUCAUGGUUUGCAAGUGGCUGGACUGCAACUUCUGAAAUCAUGAUUUAUUCUUCACGGACUGAAUCUUCAACAAUCCUAGCCGACUGCAAACUUGAAUUCCAUACUUACGUCACACACGACCAAGAAUCAGCACAGUGGAAAGAACUGCCAUCUGCAGCUACCAUCACAUUUGCGCUCUUGACUGUCGCAAUGUUUCUGUGUGUGAUGGUAUGUUUCCUUGCCUGCCGAAAAACGAAGACCCAAGAAGCCAAUCAUGAAUUUGACGAUUUCCAGAAAUACAUUGACUCCAUUGACGAUGAAGAAACUGUUGAUACCCAUGUUGAAGUUGCCCGGAAAAUAUCGAGAAAGCUGAGUCACAAAUACUUCCAAGUAAGAGCAUGCGCUUUACAACAUGAAACAUACAGGAAUUCCGAGGGUCGGAGAUUGUUUUCAUCGAAAGCUGACAUUGUAGUUGUGGGAGGAGGAGUGAGCGGGUUGACGGCUGCAAUAAGUGCAUCCAAAGCCGCAAAAGAGAGUGGAGCCGAAUUGAAAAUAGUUCUUGCAGAAGGAAGCUCCAAGUUGGGUGGACGCGUGCAGUCGGAGGUCACCGACGAUGGCUUUGUGUUGGACAUUGGAUUCGCAGUUUUCAUCGAUCAGUACCCUCAAGCAAAAAAGCUACUUGACUUUGAUUCGCUUCAACUGAAGCCAUUCUUGCCAGGAGCGCUCGUCAAACUAGAUGAGAGGGAAACCUUUGCGAGAGUGAGCGACCCCCUCCGACAGCCCAAAAGACUAGUUGGAGCUAUUACAUCACCGAUUGGAUCCCUAGCCGACAAGUUGAAACUGGGACUCCUUAUUCUGAAUGUAAGGAGAAAGUCAAUCAGCGAGUUGUUUGAAGAAGAAGAAUUGGACACCGAAACUGCAUUGCGAUCAAGAUGGCGACUCAGCGAGAGUAUAGUUGAAACGUUCUUCAGACCAUUUUUGCAGGGUGUCUACCUUGCCCCGUUGAACAAACAAUCAUCACGCAUGUUCUCCUUCGUUUUCAAAAUGUUCAAUGAGGGCGCUGCUACGCUACCACGUGGAGGAAUGAAGGCAGUAUCUGAGCAACUUGCCCAAAAGGCGCUAGAUGCAGGGGUUGAAAUCCGGAAAGAAAUGCCCAUCUCGUCGAUUUACAAGGUGAGAGACGGAAGUUCCUUUGUAGUUGAAUCGAAGGCGGCCAACAAAAAUUUCGAGACAGAAUGUGUAAUUGUGGCGACCGAAGGACCAAACACCCGUGAGCUAAUUUCUCAAGUGGAAGGAUUUGAGUCCAUUGCAGACCUCCCGAAGCAACCACAACUAUCCGUCGGGUGCAUGUACUAUUCAUUCCUAGGAGAUCCACCAGUUGAUGAACCCAUCCUGAUACUAAAUGGAAAGGUUGAUAGUGGCCUAAGCCAAGGUGCUGACCCAAAAAGUGUGGUGAAUACCAUGUGCUUUCCAUCUGUAGUAAACGAAGGCUACGCACCAAAGGGGAGCAGUCUUUGCAGUGUCUCCAUAUCUGGCAAGGUUAUGGAAGAUUACGAAGGGAAAGACGAAGAAUUAGACGCUGCUGUUCGAUCAGAACUGGCCUCUUGGUUCAAAGACAGGAACACUGAGAUUCUUGAGAAGUGGAAACUGAGAAAGAUCUAUCAUAUUCACAACGCACAACCAGCACAACUGAAUGGACCAUGCCCAUCUAAUGUCAAUGGGGGGCGACCGUGCACCUCGUUUCAAGGAAUGCCAAUUCCAGAUGGGAUGGUAAUCUGUGGGGACCACGUCGCUACUGCCUCACUGAAUGGUGCACUAGAAUCUGGUGCCAAAGCUGGUGCUGCGGCAGCUGAGAUAGCCGUCAUAGCAAAGAAAUAG